CCCCCAGAAUCAAACCAUUUUGAUACGACUAAGUAGCCUACUACUGAAGCAAGCUGGUUGAUUCAAAAGCGACGUGCUCCUUUGGAAACUUGCUAUGAUAAUAGAUACGUGAUUUCCCGUUUCGCAUAGCUGAUGGUACAGAUGUGAUGGACUGCUUUCUACAGGAAAUCGGUGAAACUCGGUCAGACUGAUAAACAAUCGGGAUUGCCGCGAGGACAGCUGCGUUUCAACUCCAGUUCUACAUCUUUCCCGAUCGGAUAAUGACACAGAAAUUGUUCUCUUCUGUCUGAGUUUGCAGGGUGGAAGGAGCCACCAUGGAGGCCACAAACAUCCUGCCCAUUCUGAAGAAGAGACUGGCCUUUCUGUCAGGGGGCAAGGACAGAAGGAGUGGUCUGAUUCUCACCAUCCCACUAUGUACAGAGCAGACCAGCAUGGAGGAGCUCAGCUCUACACUGGACUACCUCCUCAGCAUCCCCAGUGACAAAUGCAAGGCCAGAGGCUUCACUGUCAUUGUGGAUGGGCGCAAGUCACAGUGGAAUAUUGUCAAGACAGUUGUGCUCAUGCUGCAGAACGUGAUCCCAGCAGAGGUGUCGCUGGUAUGUGUGGUGAAGCCGGAUGAAUUCUGGGACAAGAAGGUCACCCACUUCUGUUUCUGGAAGGAGAAGGACAGACUGGGCUUCGAGGUGAUCCUGGUGUCGGCCAAUAAGCUAACACGCUACAUUGAGCCGUGUCAGCUGACUGAUGAGUUUGGAGGCAGUCUGGUGUACGACCAUGUGGACUGGGUCAACAAGAGGCUGGUGUUUGAGAAGUUUACCAAGGAGUCCACCUCACUUCUGGAUGAACUUUCUGUGAUCAACGAGAGUGAGAAAGCCUGCCAGGUUGACAAAGACAGACCUCCAGAUUGUAACUUCCUACCAUCAUUGGAUCCUGAAACAGUUCUGCAGACUGGUCAUGAGCUGCUGUCGGAGCUGCAGCAGCGCCGCUUCAACGGGUCGGAGGGCGGUGGAGGAGGAGGAGGAGGCCCGGCCUGGUCUCCCAUGGACGAGGAGCUGCUGGCCCAGCCCCAGGUCAUGAAGCUGCUGGACUCCCUGAGGGAGCAGUACACCCGCUACCAGGAGGUCUGCCGCCAGCGCAGCAAACGCAACCAGCUAGAGGAGAUCCAGACCAAGGUCAUGCAGGUGGUGAACUGGCUGGAGGGCCCAGGCCUGGAGCAGCUGAGGACUCACUGGGCCAUAGGAGACUCCAUCAGGGCCUCCCAGGCUCUCCAGCAGAAACACGAGGAGAUAGAGAGCCAGCACAGCGAGUGGUUCGCCGUGUACGUGGAGCUGAACCAGCAGAUCGCCGCCCUGCUGAGCGCGGGCGACGAGGAGGACCUGGCAGAGCUGAAGGGCCUGCAGCAGCAGCUCAGCGACGUGUGCUACAGGCAGGCCAGCCAGCUGGAGGCCCGGCAGAACGUCCUGCAGUCGGCCCACGACUUCCACGGCACCGCGCAGGACCUGUCCCAGCAGCUGGACGGCCUGCUGGGCAUGCUCUGUGCGGACGUGGCGCCGGCAGACGGAGCGGCCAUCCAGCAGACGCUCAAACACCUGGAGGAGAAGCUGAAGAGCGUCGAGGGUGCCCUGCAGGUGCUGAGAGAGAAGGGCCAGGCGCUGAUGGACCAGAUGUCUACCCAGACCUCCUGGUCGUACGGCAAGGAGGACGUCCCUGUGGAGAACAAGGAGAACGUCGACCACAUCCAGAGUGUCAUGGAGGACAUGCAGCUCCGCAAGCAAAGGUGUGAGGACAUGGUAGAUGUCAGGAGACUGAAGAUGCUUCAGAUGGUCCAGCUGUUCAAGUGUGAGGAGGACGCCGCUCAGGCGGUGGAGUGGCUCGGGGAGCUACUGGACGCCCUCCUGAAGACCCACAUCAGGCUGGGCGAGGAUGCCCAGGACACCAGGGUCCUGCUGGAGAAACACAAGAAGUUUGUGGACGUGGCUCAGAGUACGUACGACUACGGCCGGCAGCUCCUCCAGGCCACGGUGGUGCUGUGCCAGUCCCUGCGCUGCACCACGCGCUCCUCCGGAGACACGCUGCCACGCCUCAACCGGGUGUGGAAGCAGUUCACCGUCACCUCCGAGGAGAGGCUCCUCCGCCUGGAGAUGGCUGCCUCCUUCUACACCGCCACAGAAAAGGUCCUGAGGGAGGACAGCGAGGAGCAGGUGGAGACAGAGCCCCAGGUGGAGGUAGAGCUGGAGGUCUAUGAGGAGGUGGAGACCGUGGGGAAAGGUCUACUGGACAGACUGACUGUACCGGUCAUCUUCCCAGAUGGGAGUGAGCAGUUCUUUGGCAGUCCUGGAGACAUGGCCUCAUCCGCAGACACCAUCCGUGACAAGAUGAAGCUGGUGGAGGAGAGGAGGCUGCAGCUGCAGCAUGGGGAGGAGCUAGACCAUGAGGGGGAGGAGCUAGACCAUGAGGAGGAGGAGGAGCUGCAGGAGAGUGAGCCGUUGCAGGAAGAGGACCUGGAAAUACUUCCCCAGGACAGCUAAUGGAGCAGUUAUAUGAUCCUCCAGGACAACUAGAAGAUCACCUACAACAUUCUCCCGGAACAGAAAGUGGAGCAACAACGGUAUAACAUCUACAAGGCAACUGGAAGAGCACCUAUAAAAUCCCUCCAGGACAGCUAGUAGAGCAGCUAUAACAUCCUUCCCAGGACAGCUACUAGAGCACCUAUAAGAUCCUGUGCUUGAUAGCUAGUAGAGCACCCACACCCUCUCCCCAGGACAGCUAAUAGAGCACCUAUAACAUCCUCUGCUGGAUAGCUGAUAGAGCACCCACACCCUCUCCCCAGGACAGCUAAUAGAGCACCUAUAACAUCCUUCCUAAGACAGCGAGUAGAGCACCUCUAUAAUCAUCCCAGGACAGUUAGUAAUCAUACAUUUAAUUGCUUUUGGUCAUGCUGGGAAAACCCCUGAUGACUCAGAUCCUGCCACACACACAUUCAACUGCCCCUCCCCUUACGUGCUCCUGCGUGCCUAUCAGUGUGUUUGCUGCUACAUUCUUUCCGCCUCAGUGUUCUUCUGCCUUGCCAAGCCAGAUAACCUUACAGUUAAAGAUAGAACCUCCAGCCAACCUCGCUCGCAAGUCAGGCUGGACUGGCAGCACCUCUUCCCUUAAGGCUUCACCUUGGUUCCAUCUCAGCCUCUCCUUGUUUCCUUCCACCCUCUCCUCUUUCCCACUCCCAAGACGGAAGUGGGAUGAGAUGACCCAGAGUACCUUCUUUCAGAUGGUCCCCUUGAGUCUACUGAGGAUGGGUAGGAGAGAGAACAAGGAAUGAAGAAGAGACUUCAGAGCAGCUUUACAACCGUCUUUUUGGGGAGUUACCAUCCUGUAGGUUUUCACUGCAAAACCCCAUCAGACGGAAGCUCUCCAGGAGGAGGAUUGGAGUGCUUUGCUUCAGAGGUUUGACCCCGUCUCUGUCUUGACAGGUGAACCAAGCAUCUAUGGUGCUACUAACUAAACCUCCAGAAUGUACUGCAGACGUCGGCCAUCUUUCUUCUGGUAUAUAUACAUGCUCUUGUAGAGUCUUGGGUUGACUAUAAGACUUUUUUUUUUGUAUUUUAUAUUUAUCCUGAGUUGCUUUGUUUUUAUUUCCAACAUCCUAAGUGUCUGGGGAAAAAGGUUGACUGAAAAGAAGAUUAAAAAAAGGUUAACAAAGAAACACGUGCCGAUAUGGACCAUUUUUUUCUUGCGCUUGGCCCAGAUUGUCUAGCUGACUGUUUCUUGAGGGACUGGGUGUGUGCCAGAUGUGUGUCCAGUCAACCAACUGUUCCUACCUUCCUAGACUGCUUUUACAGGUCCAAUGUACAGACAGAACUGGGUUCAAUCCAGUAGGACACUAGUGGAUUUAGACCUGGUUCCAGAUAUUCACAUGUGAAAUGGAAGUACACAGUUUUUCAUUACAAACUCAUUUCAUAAUUGUCAUUCUUAGUAUCCGCGUUUAAGAUGCAUAUGGCUUUUGCGGCUCAAGGCAUGCUAUUGAAAUAUUAAUUCUAUAUUUAUUUUGUUUUGUAUGUUGGUAUUCUACAUACCAGUGGAGUUUUAUCAUGCUUCUGCCAUAUUAGGUUUGCUAAUCUGAUCGUGUACAGAACAUCAUUGACAACUGUGUCAUACGAAAUAAACAAGCAAACUUUUAAACAUUGUCUUGGUGUC